UGGGGAGAGAGCGAGAAAGAGAGACGCAGACGCAGAGGUCGAGCGCAGGCCGAAAGCUGUUCACGGUUUUCACGACUCCAGGGAAUGCGGUGGGAUUUCCUUUCUGCGGCGGGUCGGGAGUUGUAAAACCUCUGCGACCUUGAGACCUGAAACAUGUGAUGAGCCUUUUCUCAGGAGACGCCUCUUCUCGAGUCUGUCGCGAGCCUUGCGUCCCUGCGACCGCCGCCGUGCCCUGAAUGGCCCGCCGACCACUUUCUUUGGGGAUUUGCUUUGCUUGGCGGGGGAUCGCCGUAGUGCGGAGUUUUUCUCCGUAAAGAAACCAGAGAAGGAGCCUAGCGGCGGCUUUCUCACCAUCUUCCCACACCGAUAACCGCCUAAAUAUCUCCCCUUCCCGUCCCGCGCGACAGGGUCCGCAGCUUUGGGCUGGAAGCUAAAGCGGCUGUCCAGUUUUUCUCGACAUUCUCGGGAGUUCGCCAGGGGGAGCCAUUCCGUAGUGCCAUCCAGAGCAACGCACUGCAGCAGCUCCUCUGAGCCUUUCCAGCAAGUUUGUUCAAGAUUGGCUGUCAAGAAUCAUGGACUGUUAUUAUAUGCCUUGUUUUCUGUCAAGACACCAUGAUUCCUGGUAACCGAAUGCUGAUGGUCGUUUUAUUAUGCCAAGUCCUGCUAGGAGGCGCGAGCCAUGCUAGUUUGAUACCUGAGACGGGGAAGAAAAAAGUCGCCGAGAUUCAGGGCCACGCGGGAGGACGCCGCUCAGGGCAGAGCCAUGAGCUCCUUCGGGACUUCGAGGCCACACUUCUGCAGAUGUUCGGGCUGCGCCGCCGCCCGCAGCCUAGCAAGAGCGCAGUCAUCCCGGAUUACAUGCGGGAUCUUUACAGACUUCAGUCUGGGGAGGAGGAAGAGGAAGAGCAGAUCCAGGGCAUCGGUCUGGAGUAUCCUGAGCGCCCCGCCAGUCGGGCCAACACCGUGAGGAGCUUCCACCACGAAGAACAUCUGGAGAACAUCCCAGGGACCAGCGAAAACUCUGCUUUUCGUUUCCUCUUUAACCUCAGCAGCAUCCCAGAGAAUGAGGUGAUCUCGUCUGCCGAGCUUCGACUCUUCCGGGAGCAGGUGGACCAGGGCCCUGACUGGGAGCAGGGCUUUCAUCGUAUAAACAUUUAUGAGGUUAUGAAGCCCCCGGCAGAAGUGGUGCCUGGGCACCUCAUCACACGACUACUGGACACAAGACUGGUCCACCACAAUGUGACACGGUGGGAAACUUUUGAUGUGAGCCCUGCAGUCCUUCGCUGGACCCGGGAGAAGCAGCCCAACUAUGGGCUGGCCAUUGAGGUGACCCACCUCCAUCAGACACGGACCCACCAGGGCCAGCAUGUCAGGAUUAGCCGAUCGUUACCUCAAGGGAGUGGGGAUUGGGCCCAGCUCCGGCCCCUCCUGGUCACCUUUGGCCACGAUGGCCGGGGACAUGCCUUGACCCGACGCCGGAGGGCCAAGCGUAGCCCCAAGCAUCACCCACAGAGGGCCCGGAAGAAGAAUAAGAACUGCCGGCGCCACUCGCUCUACGUGGACUUCAGUGAUGUGGGCUGGAAUGACUGGAUUGUGGCCCCACCAGGCUACCAGGCGUUCUACUGCCACGGGGACUGCCCCUUUCCACUGGCCGACCACCUCAACUCAACCAACCACGCCAUUGUGCAGACCCUGGUCAACUCUGUCAAUUCCAGUAUCCCCAAAGCCUGUUGUGUUCCCACCGAACUCAGCGCCAUCUCCAUGCUGUACCUGGAUGAGUAUGACAAGGUGGUUCUGAAAAAUUAUCAGGAGAUGGUAGUGGAGGGAUGUGGGUGCCGCUGAGAUCAGGCCUUCCUUGGGGACAUACACACACACACACACACACACACACACACACACACACAUCCCAUCCACUACUCACCCACACACUACACAGACUGCUUCCUUAUAGCUGGACUUUUAUCUUAAAAAAAAAAAAAGGAAAAAAAAUCUAAACAUUCACCUUGACCUUAUUUAUGACUUUACGUGCAAAUGUUUUGACCAUAUUGAUCAUAUAUUUUGACAAAAUAUAUUUAUAACUACAUAUUAAAAGAAAAAAAAUAAAAUGAGUCAUUAUUUUAAAGGUAAA